AUGCGGUCUUCUGUCUUGAUAACGGAGGAUGAUGUCCGUCCUGAGGAUCCUCUCAUCCAGCAUGCAGACGAGGAAUCAUCUGCUCUGCUGCCGUCCCGCCAUGCCCUGUGCCGUCUGUAUUGGCUGACGGCCAUAGUCUGCUGCGGGGGUCUGCUCUUCGGGUACGACUCUGGCGUAAUCGGAGGGGUCUUGACCUUCGACUCCUUCCAUCGGUCUUUUCGAUAUACCGCGAAAAACGAAACUCGCGUCAGUGCCAUUGCCGUGGGCGUCCAGCAGGCUGGUGCCCUGGUUGGCAGCUUGGUCAUCUGGCCCUUAACCAAUCGACUCGGUCGUCGCCCUGCCAUGGCCGUUUGCUCCUUUGUGUUCUGUGCAGGGGUGAUCUUCGAGAUCCUCGACACCCAUGCUCGGUCUGCCUUCUACCUCGGACGUGUCAUCUGCGGCCUGGGUAUCGGAGGCUCCGCCACCGUAAUCCCGAUCUAUCUGACGGAGAUGAGUCCAACCUCAAUGCGUGCCCGGCUGGGCAGCUGCUACCAAUUCACCUUCACGAUCGGCAUCCUGAUUUCGUAUUGGAUCGACUACGGGAUGCAGUACGCGCCCAGCAACGCCGCACAGUGGCAGAUCCCCCUGGCUCUGCAGCUCAUCCCGGGCGCUUUGAUGGGCGUUGGCAUGCUGACUCUGCACGAAAGCGUGCGCUGGCUGCUCUCCCACGACUGCCCCGACCAAGCCUGGGAUAGCCUGACGUGGAUCCGCGCCUCGCGCGGACCCGAGGUCAAGGCUGAGUUCCGGGCCAUGCAAUCGGCCAUUGAGCGUGACGCCCACGCGACGGCCGACUUUUCUCCCUGGGAACUCCUCCAGCGCGCCAACACGCAUCGGCUGAUUUUGGGCGUCGCCCUGUUCAUCUGCCAGCAGUCCACGGGGGCCACCGCCAUGGCCUACUUCGGCCCGCAGUUUUUCGCCCUGCUCGUCGGGGGCCACAGUGAUGUCUCUGCGGCCUCCGACGCCACUGCCCGCCUCACAUUGCUGCUGACGGGGAUAUUUGGGGUUUUGAAGGUGAUCAGCUGCCUGCUGUUCAUCGUGUUUGUCGCCGACCGCUUCGGCCGUCGGCCGCUGCUGAUUCUGGGUGCAUUGGCCAUGUCCGUGUGCAUGCUUGCUACGGCGGUUGUUCUGCGAGCCACCUCGAUUGCUUCGUCGCCGUCCCAUGGAUCCUCCUCGCUCUCGCCCGCCUCCCUCACGACCAUCCUCCUGAUCUACCUCAGCAUCGUAGCCUACAACCUGUCCUGGGGUCCUCUUCCCUGGCCGUGUAGCGCGGAGCUCUUCUCGUCGGCGCGGAUCCGCGAACCCGGGGUGGCGAUCGGGGUGGCGGCGCAGUGGCUGUCGAACUUCGGGUGGUCAUCCGCGACGCCGUACCUGCUGCAAUGGCUGGGGUGGGGGACGUUUGGGCUGUUCGGGGUGCUGGAUGCGGGGUUCGCGGGGCUGGUGUAUGGGUUUUUGCCCGAGACGAGGGGGAUGCGGUUGGAGGAGAUUGAUUCUUUGUUUGCAGUUGCGGGUUAUGAAGCCGGAGGCAGGGAGUAG